AUGGUUGUACAUGGUGGAAUCGGGCUGAACGGAGUCAGGCUUGGAGAUGCAUGGAUUCUAGAACUUUCUGAAGAUUUCACAUCUGGGACAUGGCACAUGGUGGAGUCUCGACAAUCACCGCCACCGCGCUCAGGACAUACUUUGACUUGCAUUAGAGAAAACCAAGUGGUUCUGUUUGGAGGCAGAGGAUUAGGAUAUGAUGUGCUUGAUGAUGUUUGGAUCUUGGAUAUUCAAGAACUGUGUGAAGAAAAAUGGAUACAGAUCUUCUACGAUUUCCGGGAUGUCCCUGAAUAUGCAUCAUUGCCUCGGGUUGGUCACUCAGCGACUCUUGUAUUGGGAGGUCGGAUCUUGAUUUACGGGGGUGAAGAUUCUUAUAGGCAUAGGAAAGAUGAUUUCUGGGUGUUGGAUGUUAAAACCAUUCCUUCUUCAGGUUUACAACCACAAGGAGUUAGUUUAAACGGAUCUUCUGUGUGGAGAAAGCUUGAUCGAAUCUCAUACAGACCAAAAAGUAGGUCUUGUUACUACCAGGAUUCGACCCCACGUUAA